AUGAUAGGACAACUUAUCGAUUUUAGUCCUGGUUCUCAGCUUAGUACCAAAAUUAAUUCCUCUGAUAUUCCUUCUACUUCAAAACAACCUGUUGAUGAAGGUUUUAUUCUUUCAAAGCCCUGUAUUCAACGACCUAUUGAAAUCGAUGGUUUCACACAAAACUCUCCAAUCGAUCAAUUAGAAAAACUCUUAGAUAAAAAAUUCUCGCAUUUACAUAUUCAACCACUGAAUAUUUCAAAUGAUUUUGUUCAUAAUCUUGAGUCCAACUUUGCGAAUAAUCUUGACUCUUCUGAUGAUCCAAGUAAGGUUCUCUCGACUGAACUUUACAAACUCAAAGGUAUUUUUAAACGACAGCUAGGGAAAAAAUAUGCGGAUAUUCCCCGUAUGUCUACUGCCUAUUAUCCACGUCCUACUCCUCAAGAUGUUCUGAUAGAAGAAAGGGAUUGGAAUCAAACAAAUACGUCUUAUAGCGGUUUCACUGGUCAACUCCGAGGUUGGUGGGAUAAUUUUCUAGACGAUACAAAACGCGAAGCUAUCUUUAAUGCUACAAAUGAUCAACCGGGGAAAGACAAUCUUGGUCGUGCUCUCCCGGUAGGCAGAUCAGAUGCAGUCUAUACACUCAUGCUAACUAUCAUUGAACAUUUUGGCGGAAGAUUUACCAAUCAAUACGAAAAUAUACGAACUCUUCUUAAUGGUUUAAAAUGCCGUCACCUAGGCGAAUUUCGGUGGUAUAAAGACACGUUUCUUAGUCGUGUCAUGGACUUACCCGAGAGUAAGUAUGAUCAUUGGAAAGCUAAAUUCAUUGACGGUCUUCCCCCCUUAUUUGCUGAACGUGUUCGUAAAACACUUAGAGGAUCUUAUGGCGAAAUUCCUUAUUCUGAAAAAACCUAUGCUCGACAAGUCAAACUUGAUAAGCUCAGAGAAAAAUCUCAAUUGGGCGACUUCUGUGAACAAUUCGGUAUGGAAAAACCCUUGGUUCAAAAAUCCCGAAAAUAUUCAAAAUCCAAGCCUUACUAUAAAUCCAAACACUCUAGGCACCGGAGUAAGGAAGAGCGAGAAGCCCGCAAAUCCUUCCGAAAGUCUACCCGGUUUGCUAAAAACCAUUCGAAGCGUGAUUUAGCAAAAAUCAAGUGCUACAAAUGUAAUCAGUAUGGUCAUAUCACUCCGAACUGCAAAUUGCAAAAACUCAAAUCUCUUGAACUCUCUGACGAGAUUCACAAUCAAGUCUAUAAUUUGUUAUAUACCUCUGACGAAGUUGAAAAACUCAAGCGGGAAAUUAUCUCUUUACAACAAAAUCAGAUGAUUACGGAUCAUCGACUUUUAAAAAUCGAAGAAACAACAAAUUUUUCAACCUCUUCUUCCAAAGGAAAAGAAAAGGAUUUAGAACAUUCUCGCAAGAAACAUAUUGUUUCGCUUCCUUAUGAGGAAAAUUUCAGCGAAGACAAGAUCCCUACAAAAUCUCGACCCUGUCAAAUGAAUACAAACUUGGUCGAAUUUUGCAAAACGGAGAUAGAUAGUCUCCUACAAAAGGGACUUAUUAAACCCUCUAAAUCUCCUUGGUCUUGUACUGCUUUUUAUGUUAAUAAUGCUGCUGAAAAGGAGAGAGGUAUUCCUCGUAUGGCUGAUCCCCCUUGGCAAAUAGCCAGAGGAAGAGGUCGAGGUCGAAAUCAAAAUCCUGCAUAUUUGCACCAUGGAGGACGAACGAAUCCUUCUUAUCCACGAAGUAAUAUUAGAAACUCUGCUUAUAGCACAACAAGUUCUAAUUUCCCUGUACUCCAACAUGGGAAUCGAACUCUGGUUAAUGCCCGAAUCUCUCAGGAGGCAUCGUCCUCACAUUCGCAAACUCCGAAUAUUAAUCUUGAUGAUAUUCCUGAAACUCAUCCUUUAUUCCAGCAGAUUAAAUCUUAUUUAUCUGAUCAGAAAAAGGCUGCAGAUUCCUUUGCAUCAAUCAUUACUGAAAAUACAGAUAAACCUUCAUAUGAGAAACUCGAAGCACGGGAACUCAUUGUUUAUCUAGAAAAUCAGCAUAUCCCCCCACAAGAAAUAAAUCUAAAUAUGUAA